AUGGGCAAGUCAUCUCAUCACAAGAAAGCCAAGAAACACAAGAAAGAGCGGAAGCGACGAGACAAGGACAGCAGGGAACAUGGUCGUCUGGCCGAGUACGAAACCGUAUCCUCGGGCUCUAGUCUCGAGGAUGAGGAAGGAGUCGUCGAUUCGUCUCCCGAUCACCGAGGUGGUGACCGAGGGGAAUCGAAACGAAAGUCCAGCAGCCGGAAUAACAACUCUGAGAGCAGCCGCAAACACAGCAAGCGAUACUCGCCCCUCCCUAGUUCGACACCACCGCGAAGCAACCGGUAUCCGUAUGAUUUUCCGUACUCGUCGUCCGAUCACCGCUCAUCGAAUUACGUGUCGUCUUCGUCGUCGUCGAGAGAGCUGCUGCCCGACUCGUAUCGGCAUCAGCCGGCCGGCUCGCGAUACCGCACCGUGCGAAGUCCCAGUCCGUUGACUCGACCCCGACGAACGCCCCCCGUCUCCAAAAAAUACCAGAGCUACCGGGACCAUCACACGCCAAGCCCGUCGUCGUACUCGUCGAGGCGACCGCGAUCCAGUUCGAGAAGCAGAAGUCCAGCGAACGGCUACCGCGGGAGCAGCAGGAGCGUACGGAAAAGUCGGCGGUCCCCUUCGCCUCCGACGCCGCCGCGCAGAUCGAAUCAUCGGCCCCGUCGACCGAGCCAAUCCUUGUCGCCCGUCGACAACCCCGCGUUCUCCAAUUCCUUCGCCUCUGAGCUCCGAAAGCUUCCGAAGGGCAAGGAACUUGCGAAAAGACACACUUCUGCGUCCGCUUCGAGCUCGUCGGUGACGGCCGCGUCGGCAGGCUCGCUCCCGCUAUCGUCCAAUGUCGCCGGAGCGGCGGGAUCGGCCCUUGCGGCCGCCUCGGCGGCUGCACCACCUCUACCAAAUCAGUCCGUUCCGAAAGACGACGCAUGGCAGCCGACGUCUCACGCGCAGCAUCCGCAACCGCCUCUGCCCCGGUCGCCGCCCCCCAUGCGGGCGGAGCGGGCUCCCACGCCUCCGCGGCGGGGGGUCCGUGAGCUUCCGAUGCCGCCCGGUAUCAGUGUCGAAGAUCUCCGACGAGACCACAGUCGCAAUACUGAAAGGAACGGCCGGGAACAGAACUCGCUGGCGACCGGCUCGAUGGAAACGUUUAGACGACCGACGAUUUUGAACCGAAACGAUUCCGACGACGAUCUACCGAAUUGGGGCGAACGAUGCGUUGACGUUUUCGACAUUGUGCAACAGAUUGGCGAGGGAACUUACGGCCAGGUGUACAAAGCGAGGGACCGGUUGAGCGGCACCAUGGUCGCGUUGAAGAAAGUACGCAUGGAGAACGAAAAAGAAGGUUUCCCUAUCACCGCUAUUCGCGAGAUCAAAAUUCUACGUCAACUGAAUCAUCCCUCGAUCGUGAACCUGAUGGAGGUCGUAACCGACAAAUCGGACGCUCUGGACUUCCGAAAAGACAAGGGUGCCUUUUAUCUAGUGUUUGAAUAUAUGGAUCACGAUUUGAUGGGUCUGCUCGAAUCGGGUCUCGUGGAGUUCAAGCCGAACCACAUCGCAUCGUUCAUGAAGCAACUCCUCGAAGGCCUCUCGUACUGUCAUCGGAAAAACUUCCUCCAUCGAGACAUCAAGUGUUCAAAUAUCCUCAUGAACAAUCAAGGUCAAAUCAAAUUAGCCGAUUUUGGACUUGCGCGCUACUACAACGCGGAAGACAAGGACAGACCCUAUACGAACAAGGUUAUCACGCUGUGGUACAGACCGCCCGAGCUUUUAUUAGGAGAGGAACGAUACGGUCCCUCGAUCGACGUAUGGAGCUGCGGCUGCAUCCUUGGAGAGCUGUUCACCAAAGAACCUCUGUUCAAGGCGAGUCAGGAGAUGCAACAGCUCGACAUUAUAUCGCAAGUGUGCGGAACGCCCACACCAUCAGUAUGGCCGCGAGUGAUAAAUCUGCCAUUAUUCUCACAAUUCAAGCCGAAGAAACAACAUCCCCGAAAGGUUCGGCAGAAGUUCUGUUUCAUACCGAGCCAGGCUCUCGAUCUCCUCGAUCAGAUGCUCGAGCUCGAUCCCGAGAAACGUAUUACAGCCGAAAAAGCUCUGCAAUGUCCUUGGCUCUGUGAUGUCCAGUUCGGAGACUUGCGUCCUCCUGAGCUGCCCAGGAACCAGGACUGUCACGAAAUGUGGUCCAAGAGGCGUAAACGGAUGUUGCGGAUGCAGGAGCAAGCUUCGCACCACCUCGAGGAUUCCAACGGGAAUAAUAAUGACACAGUUACGUUGAGAAAUGGAGUCUAGAUAGGACGAUGACGGAAUUGUCCGGUCACGGUCGGGCUCCGUAGCGCGAGUCUAGAAUGUUUGACGGGGAAGGAACGUGGAAACGAAUUGUAUUAGCCGGAGACACACGAAAGAAAAUUCUGACGCUGUGUGUACAUAGUGAGAAUGCUGGAAAUUAAUCGACGAAUAUUCUUUCUUUGUGAUCCCAACUCUCUGGGAAAGAGUCAAACAGACAUUGGAGGGAAGGAAUUGUUUGAAGCCGUAGAGGAACUCGUGACCACAUUUCAAGAGUACUGACCACGUAGGCCACACUGUUGAAGCCAUUGUUCCUCUCCACAAGCAGUUUUCACAGUGACUCGUUACGUUGGGCAUUUAAAUUUGUCCCUACCCGAUACGGAAGUCGGCAGGCGGGAGAACCCGCAGAACCAUGAAACCUUUUCGAGUCAUUCAGAGGAGUGAGAUCGCGUCUCCUUGUUUUUCUUGACAGCCUCUGAAUUCCAUUGUAAAAAGUGGACUAUUCGUUGUUAUGACUUGUACAUUUCCUUUGAUACGAGACCGUAGAAAUAAUUUAACACGGAUACAGACGAUCAUGUCAGACAAACACACACACACACGCACACAGACACAGAUUACGAGUAACACGAUCGACGAACGAAUCGAUUCGAGUAAACCUACAGAGACAUCGACGGAAAGCGUAAAACGACUGUGUAUGUCGGGGAGAAAUCGUCGUAGGUAACCGAACAUUCGGAAGAAACCACUGGAAAUGGAGGAAAAAAAACACAACAAUGGAGUAACCAAUUGAGUCGGAUGAAGAGGGUGAACGUGAUGAGAGGCGUUUGAGACCUGAAUCAGAUUGUCGUUCCGUGAAUCAAUCGAUGUUGAUGAAUGCCAGAUAUAACAUCGAUACUGUACAUUUGGUAAAUAAAAUAAUUACUUAAGG